AUGGAUAGUAAUGGGUCUGUGGUGAUACAUUUUGGACAUGGUGUAGACCGACAUAUUUCUACAUUAGUGAUGAAAGGGAGAUAUGUGGAGAUUACUUAUUCUCACUUGGUUGAUAGAAUAGACAAGAAAAUGAAUAUCGAUGUAGUUGUGACCAAGCUUCAAACUUUCCAAAUUGUUCCUCAUAUUCAAGAGGAUGAGUCUGAGCAUGAGAAAAUCAAUGAAGAGGGUGAUGAAAUGGAUGAUAGGGAGGAGUUGCCGGCUAUGGUUGCCUCAUCCUCAAAAAUCCCACACACCGUUGAUGAAACCAUGGACGUUGACCUUCAAGUUGAAGGAGAAGCGUACCAACGAACUCAAAACCGAGGGAAGGCCAUUGCUGUUGAUGAAACUUCCGGUGUCUCUUCUCAGUCAAAGAAGGUGAUGAAAGUUGUUGUGCCAAGGUCUGGUGUGUGGAAGCAUUUCCCCCGAACCAAAGAGAGUCGCGACAGAUGUAUCUGCCACUAUUGUCAGAAGAUCUUCUCAUGUGCAACCAAGUCUGGAACAUCAAACCUCCAGAAGCAUUUGUCCAUCUGCAAAGAGUACCAAGCAUGGAUUACCAGUCAAGGCACGAGUAAGAUGGAGAUCAACACUGAUGGAAACCUGAAGUCAUCAAAAGUUGCAGAGGCUGUUUUCAGAGAGGCUUCGAAUGAGCUGAUUGUGCUAGGUGAACUUCCGCUUUCAUUUAUUGAAAGCUCUGCUUGGAAACACUUCUGCAGAAAGGUAAACCUCUACAAGCCACACUCCAGAAGGACUGCGACCAUAGACAUCGUUGAGAUGUAUGUGAGGAAGAAAGAAGGUUUGAGAAACAUGCUUUGUACAACCAAGCAAAGAGUGUCACUCACAACAGACAUUUGGGUUUCACAGGUCACAGGUGCAAGUUACAUGGUGAUAACUGCCCACUUCGUGGACGCAACUUGGCAGCUGAAAAAGCUUAUCAUAGGCUUCAAGUAUGUGAUGGACCACAAGGGUCAGACCAUCGCAACUGUGCUGUUGGAGUGUCUAGCCGAAUGGGGCAUUGAGAAGGUAUUUUGCAUUACAGUAGACAAUGCAACUGCUAAUACCUCUGCCAUUAGGAGAUUCUAUAGGGAAUUUAGUGAUGUUUCCCCUGAGGCUUUAGUUUUAGAUGGUAAUUUCUUGCAUAUGAGGUGUUGUGCUCACAUCAUCAAUUUAAUUGCCAAGGAAAGUUUGACCGAGGUAGGAGAAAAUGUGUUAGCCAUUAGGAAUGCUAUUCAAUAUGUUCGUUCUUCAACACCUAGGCUUAAUGCAUUUGAUCUUAGAGUCACCACUGGGAGAAUGAGUCGAGGUAGCUUACCUAUGGAUAUUAAGACUAGAUGGAAUUCGACUUUUCUCAUGCUGUCUAGGGCACUUCAGUUUAGAACUGCGUUUGAUAGGAUGGAGGCAGAAGAUAGGUUAUAUAAUGAUUAUUUUUUAGAGAUGGAUAAUGGUGUUAAGAGGUGUGGACCACCAUCUUCGAGAGACUGGAGUGCUGUUGAGAAACUCAAGAGGUUUCUGAUAAUCUUUUACAACAACACUCUGGUUGUUUCUGCCUCAUCGACAGUGAAUUCCUACAAGUGCUAUGGUGAGAUAGUGACUAUAGAGAGAAACCUCACUGCCCUUGCCAACAGCUUCGACCCUGAGUUGAAGGUGAAAGCCUCGGAAAUGUUGCAGAAGUUUCUCAAGUACUGGGAUGGUAUCAAAAGUGUCAACAGGAUGCUGAUCUUAGCCACGGUUUUCGAUCCAAGGAAGAAGAUGCAAUUUGCAAAGCUGUGCUUUGAGAAGCUCUAUGAGAAGGAGAGCUUAGAGUCUAAGGCAAUGCUGGAAUCUGUUGGUGAUCUUCUCAGGUCUAUGUUCAAGGAGUACAACACACGACUGAGAGGGUCUACUGGAGAAGCCUCUCAGUCAAAUCACCCCUCAUCAUCUCAGCCUCCUACAGAGUCGCAAGAUCAAGUCACUGAUAGAAUGGAGCUUGUGGUUGAAGAUUUUGGCUAUGAGCGGAUGGAUUGUGUACAAGGAGAUGGUGGCUGAAAAGGGAGAGGAUACAAGGGACGAGCUCGAAGUUUACUUGAAGGAUGCAGUUGAAACUCCUAAGCUCUUGCUUGGUAUUGAGUUUGACAUUCUCGGUUGGUGGAAGGUUCACAAGAUUAAGUAUCCUGUGCUUGCUGAAAUGGCAAGAGAUCUACUCGCCAUGCAAGUUUCAUCAGUGGCAUCUGAAAGUGCUUUUAGCACAAGUGGGAGGAUCUUGGAGCCAUAUCGGAGUUGCUUAACCCACUACAUGAUAGAAGUUCUCAUGUGUACUGAGCAGUGGAUGCAUGCUGACAUCAAGGUGAGUGAACAAGUCACUACAAAUGAGCAAAUGCUUGCUGUUGUGGAGCUGCUUGAUCGACUUC